UCUAAAAAAUUUUGCUUUUUAAAGCUCACCCAUAUAAUUCCCACUCAUUAUCUUUGUUGCUUAAAGGUUGCCCUCUUCCCUUAUCCCCUCUCUCUCUCUCUCUCUCUCUGCCUCUCCCUCAAGAACACAUCAAUUCUCAAAGGAAUUCCAGGCAAACACCCCCCAAAAGAGAUUUUGAUAAAAGAAAGCAAAGCCAAAAAGACACCCUCUCCUCUAAACAUUUAGUCUACACACUCACAUAAAGAAAAGAGAUCAAAAGACCCACCGAAAGAUUGAAUUAAAAACACACCCCAUCAGUCAUCACCACCACAAAUAGUCUCUCAUAAAGAAGUAAAAGAAAGAAGGAAAGCCAUUAGAGAAACAACCUACUACUUUCAUUCGAUCAUGGAAGGUGGAGGUAGUGAUGAUCAUCAACUUCACCACCACCACCACCACCAUCUCCAUCAUCACCAUCAACAGCACCACCGCCCUAAUUUCCCAUUCCAGUUACUCGAGAAGAAAGAAGAGGAUAACCAGCCUUGUUCCUCCUCCUCCUCUCCUCCUUUCCCUUCUCUUCCAGCUUCUUCCUCUGCCGAUCAACCCAAUACAACUCGUUCCAUUGCAAGCCUCCAAAUCUCCCCGGAACCUUCCAAAAAACCACCCCCUAAACGUACUUCCACAAAAGACCGACACACCAAGGUCGAUGGACGUGGUCGUAGAAUCCGCAUGCCCGCUCUUUGUGCAGCUAGGGUUUUUCAACUCACUCGCGAACUAGGCCACAAAUCCGAUGGCGAAACAAUAGAGUGGCUACUCCAACAAGCUGAACCAGCUGUGAUCGCGGCCACGGGCACCGGCACUAUCCCAGCAAACUUCACUUCCCUCAACAUCUCACUACGUAGCUCAGGCUCAAGCAUGUCAGUUCCCUCUCAGUUACGAUCCUCAGGUUUCAACUCCAACUUCUCUAUGCAGCAGCGUAGAAGCUUGUUCCCUGGAAUUGGACUAGAAACAAACCCAACGUUCCUUAACUUCCACUCGAGUAGCAACUUGAAUUCCAUGUUCCAAGCUAAGCAAGAGUUGCGUGACAAUAGUACUUCGUUGGAAAUAUCAGACACUGAAGAAGGUACUCUAGGAAGGAAAAGAAGACCCGAACAAGAUUUAUCUGUACAGCAUCAAAUGGGGAGUUACUUAUUGCAGUCAAGCACAGGGGAAAUUCCAGCAAGUCACGGUCAGAUUCCAGCUAAUUUUUGGAUGGUAACUAAUUCUAAUAAUCAAGUUAUGAGUGGUGAUCCGAUAUGGACAUUUCCAUCAGUUAAUAACAGUGCUUUGUAUAGGGGCACUAUGUCCAGUGGGUUGCAUUUCAUGAAUUUUCCAACUCCAAUGGCCUUAUUGCCAGGCCAACAAUUGGGUUCAAGCAGUGUUACUAGUGGUAGCGGUGGUGGAGGUGGCAGUGGUGGAAGUAGUGGCAUAAGUGAAGGACAUUUAAAUAUGUUAACCGGAUUGAAUCCUUAUCGGCAAGUCUCCGGGAGCGGCGUAUCAGAAUCACAAGCUAGCGGAUCCCAUUCACAGCAUGGCGGUGGUGGAGGUGGCGGCGGCGAUGACCGACAUGAUACAACUAGUCAUCACUCAUAGAGAUGAUCAUCACCAUGCAUCAUCUUUGCUUCUUUUGAUCAGUUGUGUAGUUUGAUGUGUAACGCACGUGAGGUUUGAUUACUCUUUUGAAAAAAAAACCGAGUUUUUAUUAUUCUAAAAAAAAGAAGAAAUUAUUUUUUUGGUGUGAUUAAUAUGGGUUCUUUUAGGGUUUGAGAGAGACUAAGAGAAGAGACAGAGAGGAGAAGACACUAUUUUUAACAUUGGUAUUGACUGGUUUUGGCUGAAAAAAAGUCUCAAUUUUUUGGGAUUUUUUUAUAUUUAUUUUAUUACACUGUUAAUUUUAUUUCAUCAUUUGUUUGUGCAAUUUUCUCUAGGAAGAGGCCAAAAAUGCAUUGCUUAUGCAAUUUUUAUGCAUUGUGUUGAAGAGGGAAAAGAAAAUUUGACUCAUAUUAAAUGCAAUGCAAGCCAUAUGGUAAGUCCUAACCAGCAAUCGAAUUUUCUUUUUUCCUUUCUCUCACUGUCUCUCUCUUUGAGGUAAUACAAAGGCCAAAAAGUUUGUGUAGCAGUAGUAUAUAGACAAUGAAAGAGAUGAAACAGUUUUUACUGCCCUUUGUAGCAGAAUUAAAAAUUUUACAACUUUCAUUUUCCUUUCCUUCUCUGCCACGAAUCCGAAGAUUUUACUGCAUCAAUGAUUAAGAUUUUUCAGAGAAAG